UAGUAAACAAAAAAGCAUGCUUUAAUACUGAGAUUGAUUUUGAUAUAUUUAUAAUAAGAAUGCUUACAGUAAAAUCAGUCUUUGUUCAACUUCUCAUCGCAAAACAAGAGAUUAUGAUAAUCUCAAUUUUUCUCAUGCGAGAAUGUAUCAAAGAACAAGUAUCUCUUUACUGUUGGUAGCGCUUUUGGUUAUCUUCCAUUACACUACAGCAAAUUCAUUCGGAGAAUGUAAAACACCUCAUGAUGAUUAUGGCACAUGUAUAAAGUUGACGGACUGUAAAAUUUUAAUUGAUCUUAUUGUUGAUCCCUCAACAUCGGAAGCAGAUAGAGACUAUAUAAGAAGUAGUCAAUGUGGUAAAAUUGGAAAUAUUAUUUUAAUUUGCUGUCCAAAUUCGUUAACUACAAACUUAUUACCAAGCUAUCCCAACUGCGGUAAACAGCUCACAGAACGAAUAGUUGGUGGUAAUAUUACAAAACUUGAUGAAUUUCCAUGGAUGGCUUUAAUUACGUACACAAAACGUAAGAUUAUUUGUCAAAAUUUUCUAACAGUUCACUAAAUUAAUUAUAGCAUGUACUAGCUAAACUUUUAUGUCAAGGGGAGAAAUUAUGCAGAAAUUCGUCGUAGUUGUUUUGGCAGUUCAUUAUUAUCAGAAUUAACAGCAGUUUAAUGAUAAACACAUCCAUAACUAUAUAAAUAUAUUCAUACAAAAAUACUGGUGUUCUUUUUGAGAGC